AUGACGGGUGAAGAGGACGAUGAGGAGGAGGAAGAUGAUUCCACGAUCGAGAUGGGAACCUUGGACAGCUUGUUCUACGGGACAACUAAUCCCCAGGAGAAAGAUAGAGAAGUCGAAAUUCGAAUGCGCGUUUCCAGCUACCAUCUGUCUCUUGCAUCUCCAGUCCUCUCUACACAGCUGGAAGUAUCUCGUUUACAGCCGACAACGCGCGCUGCUCGACCAGCCAACGCCAUACACCUUACGGGAUGGGAUGUGAAGGCGUUGGCCACCGUAUUGAACAUCAUCCACGGUCAAAACUCUCAAGUACCCCGAAAUGUUGAUUUCGGUUUUAUUACACACAUUGCCGUUGUCGCCCACCACCUUCAAUGCGUUGAAGCAGUACAACUCUAUUCGGAGAUGUGGCUCUCAAGUUUCAGAGCAGAUAAAAUACCCUAUUUCAAUAGCGCUUGCCUAACGUGA